UAAAUUUGAUUUCCCCUUUCCCACGAAGAAUCGUCCUCAACGGCCCUGUUGUCUCUGUUUCUCUCUCUUACAGUCCCCUGCCCCUUCUCUUCUCUCUUUCCUGCUCGUCUUAACUACCCUUUCGUUCUUGCUCAGACUCUCUCUCUCUCGCUCGCUCGCUGUCUGCGUUCGACAACUGCUAUUUUUGAAGAUUGGCUGCGAAGAAAGAACUAUCGUUCUGAAGCAGGACCGCUACUUCUGUGAACCGGAGCAGAUGGAGUCUUCCGUCUCAGACUUCGAGGUCGCUCCCUUCUCUCUCCUCCUUCUCCUCUUCGUGGCCGCGAUUAGUUGCUUCACGCAUCUCGGGUCUCACGCUCAACUUGUCCCUCUCGAUGAAGUGCGGACUCUCCAAAACAUAUCCACAAAGUUAAACGUCCCUAAUUGGAGCUUCAACCAAAAUUCUUGCAGAGAGGGCCAUUCUCUAAACGUGACACAUAGUGAGACCAGUUUGAGCAAUAUCACAUGUGACUGCUCUUUUGACAAAAAUACUGUUUGCCAUGUCAAAACUAUCUGGCUGAAGGGUCUCAACUUAAGUGGAGUUUUUCCUGCAGAAUUUGGAGAUCUUAGUUACCUACAAGAAAUCGAUCUCACUUACAACUAUAUUAGUGGCUCAAUUCCUGUGAGUUUAUCUAAGACCUCUCUCACUAGUAUAAUCAUUUCGGGAAACUGCAUUAGUGGUUCAAUUCCUAAGGAAAUUGGGGACAUUGCUACUCUUCAGCAUCUUGUUUUGGAAGAUAAUCAGCUUAGUGGAUCGCUUCCUGAAAAUCUUGGAAAUUUGAGGCGCUUGAUCAGACUAUUAUGGAGUCAGGUCCUGCAGGAAGGCCAGAAAAGGGAAGGUGCAGAAAUCAAGAUCUAUCUAAAAAUCAGGAUAGGGAGGUCAGAAGAGAAGACAAGUGCUAUAGCUGUGGAGAAUGCGAAGGAAGCUAGAAUUCCGGGAGAAGCUGCAUGUCUCUCUGAGGCAGCUGGGGUUGUUUUUGGGGAGGAGAUUGCCCAAUAUUUAGGUAAGUCUGAUGUGGGCAGUAAUAUGGUGAUUAAAGGGCGGAUUACAUCUUUUGGGUUCCAUGCUGAAGGAACAAGGUUUGAGAGCAACAAGGUUUAUGCUCAUCUGAAGACAGCUCGUAUGGGUGCAGAGAUGAGGAAGGUGUUUGAUGAUAAGAGAGAAAAAUCUGGUGAGUCAGUGCCAAAGGUAUUAAGGAGAGAUUCUAAAGGAGAAUUUAUUGAAGUGGAAGACUCUCUUGCAAAGAAGGAAAUUGGUGGUAGCAAUGGAGCAAGUAAAGGAAAGGAGAUUGUUAAAAUCCCGAGUAUCUUUGUGUAUAAUGGGUAA